AUGAGGAUAAUUUGCUGGAACUGCCGAGGUGUGGGCAAUCCUCAGGCAGUAAACGCUAUGGUGGAUAUUAUACAGUAUUAUAAACCAUCUAUUCUUUUUCUUAUGGAAACAAAAGCUAAUGGUGUAAGGAUGGAACAAAUAAAGUCUUUAUUACGUUUUUCUCAUUGUUUUUUUGUUGAUUGUGUUGGUAUUGGGGGUGCUCUCUCUCUUAUGUGGAAAGAUGAUGUCAAGCUAGCCAUUACAGGUUAUUGCUCUAAUUUUAUUGAUUCUACAAUUGGGGACGGUUCUGAUUGUUGGAGUGGUGACUAUAAUGAUAUUGCUGAUCCGUUGGAAAAAGUUGGUGGUCCUCUUCAUUGUAUUUCUUUGAUUAAUGGGUUUCGUAAUGCUCUUGCUGAUGCCAAUUUAAAUGAUAUUCAGUCUGUGGGGUCUUUUUUGUCUUAUACAUAUAGAGAGGGUACUGUUCAGUGUUCGAAGGAGAGGGAAGCUAAUCGACGAUUUCGCUUUGAUAAUUCAUGGCUUGAGGAUGAUGAGUUAGGGGAAGUGGUUUUGACGUCUUGGCAGCAAGGUUUGGGGUUGGAUUUUAUUCAACGUAAAGACCAGCUUGUGAAGCGUGUUCAGUAUUGGGGGAAGAAUAGAAACCGCAUGCGUUGGCUUCAAAAGGAACGAAUUAAGAAGAGAUUGGGGGAGUGUUCUGAAUCGCUUGAUACAAGGGUAGUGCGUAUCAAAGCUCGUCGUAGAUGUAAUCGGAUUCAGCAAAUUGUGACAUCGGAUGGUUCAUUAUCUUCGGAUGUGGGUACUAUUCAGGAUGCAUUUUUGCAAUAUUUUUCGGGUUUAUUUUCCAAUUCACCUACUGAUUUUGCGGAGCUUCUCCCUCUGGUUCAGCCUAGAAUUGGGGCUGAAGAUAAUGUCGAGUUAUUAGCAGAUUUUACAGAUGAAGAAUUUCAUUCAGCGCUCUUUCAGAUGGACCCGAAUAAAGCUCCUGGGUUGGAUGGUCUUAAUCUGGCUUUUUUCCAGAAAUAUUGGCCAAUUAUUGGGGUGGAUGUUUGCAAUAUUUAUCGGUUGUGGCUUGCACAAGGUAACAUCCCUUCUGAAAUCUCUAGUGCUUUAAUUGUUCUUAUUCUGAAAUGUGUGAAUCCUGUUGAUGUAAAGGAUUUUAGGCCUAUUGCUCUCUGUAAUGUGAUUUAUAAGAUCUUGUCUAAGGCCUUAGCCAAUAGAUUGAAGAGGGUCCUGCAUAAAAUUAUUUUGCCAAAUCAGGGUAGUGUGGGGUCGUGUGCUCUGAAAAUUGAUAUUGCUAAGGCCUAUGAUAGAGUUGAAUGGUCAUAUUUGUUUGCGAUGUUAUCUGCAUUGGGCUUUUCUGAUACUUGGGUUGGUUGGAUGCAUAUGUGUUUUUCAAACAUGAGCUACUACAUUGCUGUUAAUGGAGCAGAGAUUGGUCCUGUGGAUAGUGAAAAUAGGGGCCUUUUGCAUGGGUGUUGCGCGAAAGUUGGUUGCCCCCCGGUUUCUCACAUUUUCUUUACAGAUGAUUCCUUACUAUUUUUUGAUGGUACAGUGGGGGAAGCUAUACGGAUUAAGCAAAUUCUUGGUGUUUAUAAGAAGGCUUCAGGUCAGGCUGUAAAUUUUGAUAAAUCUGGUAUCAUGUUUAGUCCGUGUGUGUCUGAGGAAAAUCGGUUGACCAUCUCUGGUAUACUUGAUGUUCAUCUUCCUUUAGGUAGCGGCAGAGAAGUUUUUGUUGUUAAUUGCCAUUGGAUUCCUCGGGAUAUUGGUUUUAUGCCUUUAGAUGAGUCGAUAUUUGUUCCUGAAGCCAUGAGAGUAUGUGAUUUGUUUGUUGAAGGUGAGUUGCAUUGGGAUGUAGAGAAGCUAAUGAAUAUUUUUAGUGUUGUUGAUAUGAGAGCUAUUCUUACUAUUCCAUUGCCUCUAUUCCCAAAACCGGAUAAAUUAAUUUGGCACUUGCAUAAGAAGGGUGUGUACUCAGUUAAAUCUGCCUAUUUUUGUGCCUUAGAAUUGUCGGGUAGGACUGGUUUGCUGGGUUAUAAUGAUGGGUGGAACCGUCUUUGGUCUCUUGAUGUUCCUCCCAAAGUUCGUGAUUUUCUUUAG